GUGUUGUGAGGGCGGGGCUCAAGAUGGCGGCCGCCAGGUGGCCGCGGGCCUCGGACUGGCGGCUGCAGCGGCCGCGCUGGGAAAACCGAGCCCGGUGAAGGAGCUCUGGGACGCCAUGUGGUGGGAAUGGCCGCGGGGCGGAGCCAGGCCCGUCCGUGAGGAGCCCAGAACUGCCCCCGGUGCUCCAGGUGUGGCCUUCUCAGGGCGGAGCAGAGCAGGAGGAGCGCCUCUCUUCGCCCUGCUGGCCGUUCUCCAUCCAUCCCAGGGCACACUGCUGCCUCGGGGUCGACUGUCGGCCAACCAUAGAUCAACAUUCAUCAACCAUUCAUCAUCCGUUUGUCAGCUGUUGGUCAGCUGUUGGCCAACCAGGACCCCCCCGUGUCUUUCUCCUCAGAGCUCCUCUCCAGCAGCUCAGCCCCAAUACUGAUGCCUGAGGUUAUUCCUCCCCAGCUGUAGGACCCCACGCUCGCCCUCGUUGAACCCAAGGAUUUGCAGCCCUCACAAAAAGCCAGGCUGGGUUUUUGCACGGGGACAGCAACGUGUGGGAUUCCCUCUGCCAGCACAGUGUGCUCACAUCAUGUAAUUACCCAGCAUGGUCUGUUGGGCUGAAAACUGCCUGUCAUGUGGCCAAAUAAAUAAAUACAAUAGUAGCUUUCUCUGAAGUGCUACAGCCAAAGGAGCUGAGGGGAGUGGUUGUCACCAGACCUCACUUCUUCCCCAUGGGGAAAUGUCCCUUUCUGUCCAGGUGCCCUUCUUUUAGCCUGUGCCGUACUUUGAUACACACAAGUUUGUGUUUGAUGACCACCUCUCACGAUAAAGAUGGAGUGCUUAGGAAAUACCAGGGUGCCAGAAUGAAAACUGGUUUCAUAAAUUUCAUCAAAGACCAGGAAUGGAAAUCCACCGAACCAGUUUCAUCAUGGUUUCAUCCUUCCUUCUACCUGUUGAGCAGUAUGCCAGCUUUGUUUCAGAUGUCAGUGUGGAUCAGGCACUGCCAUGGUUAUUUAACAGAAAGCAUUGGAAUGCAGGUUUGGGGCUCAUAUGCUAUGUUCUUGUUGGCAACUCUCUUCUCAGGACUGAUACUGCAACUUAUAAUGGUGUUCUUAGCAGACUGCCUCUGUGCUUCCAAAAAACACAGGCCAGCGCAGUACCCUUAUUCAAACUGCUUCCUACCCUUGUCCACCUACACACGAUAUAUCAAACCCUACCAGUCGUGGUGGCCAACACCAGCAUGUUUAUCUUGGAGUAGGAAGCUUAAAUGAGGAUCGGCUGAGUUCUGCAAUGAAAGAUCCAUGGCAGGGGGAACGAAUCAUCACAAGGUAUGCUCAGCAGCCUGAGCCAGCAUGCAACUGCUGGCUUUUCUCAGCAGAGUGUCUGUUUUGCCUCUGCUUCCUUGCUCUUUCCCCCGUCUCUUCCCUUACAGAGUAUAAGAACAGGGCAGUGCUGUGGCUGCUGUUGGUGCGUGUGCAAUUAGCUGGAAAAAGGCAGUCAUACUCACUGCAGUUUCUCCUCAGAAGGAACAAGGAGUAUGUAUUGCCUGGGGAGUGAGUGAACGCUCAUACAAGCCCAACUUCCCUCCUCUUCCACUCGAUUUAUUAUAUAUAACAGAAAGUAGUACCUGGUUCAAAGGGAAAACAGCUGAAAGUUGAGCUGAAAUGGAUAAUUAAAAUAGUUGGGAUUAGCUUCAAGAGAAACAACGAAGUAGCUGCCUGGCAGUUUGUGUUUGCCAGCUUGUCAGUUAGCCAUAGGCCUGGUUUUGAAACUGGCAGAGUUCCAUUUGUAACAAAAAUCAACAGGAAAGGGGAAAACUCAAUAUGUUGCAUCACUGUUUCAGUGUUUAGAAAUAAAAGAAUACAGCUUUGAUAGUAAUUUAAAGACUUUUUUUACUUAAAGGUGAGAGAAUGUGCACAGUGAUGUUGUCUUGCCUCCUUUCCUGCAUCAGUCUGGGUCUGUCUCACAGCACAGUGAGGCUGUCUGCCUUGUGGAUGCCAUUGCAUGAGGUUUGUUUUGCGUUGGUGAGGCUCAGAGCUGCCACGAGCACAGUCACAUCAGUCUGUGCCAUCUGACUCCUUGGGCUGUCCAACACUGCUGACAAAUCACAGCAUGUAUCUGUCUUGGAAUCUGCCAAACAAAGAGAAAAACUUGAGGAGGCCAAGUGCUGUGUUUGUAUGGCCUGAAUUCCGUUGAUGUGCUUUGUCACAUCACAGGGGAGAAGAGCCCAGAGCCCCCAGGAGUGCUGGCACAGAGAAGUGGGCAGGAUGUGAGCUGGAUGUGGUCUUCUGGGCUGACAGCUGUGCUGCUGGAGGAGCGGGAGUGCAGGAAUGAGUUAGCACAGUGGGGAUGUGCUUGGCCUUGUCUUUUGGCUCUCGGGCAGGUGUGAUACUGCUGCUCCAUGGCAGCAAGGAAGAGCUGAGCGAAGCCUUCCCUUAUCACUGAGCCUGGCUGGUGUGUUCAUGUGGGCUGUUCAGCCCCUGAGGCUUCCAGGAAAAUGUCACACAUUUCCCUUGUUGAAUUUUCCUUGCUGUUUACUGGGCUGCGGAGCUGAUUUCUUAAGUGACUGGAAAAGUGUCUUGGCUCUGAGGAUAAGUAACCAUGUCCUCCUCUCCUCAUCUCCUGGGCAGGAGCUGAGCUUUUGUUGGAGGUUUCUCUCUUUUCUUAGGCAGAAGUGAAAAGAAUGAGCCCUGCCGGGGUCUGCUGGCCCCUGGGGGAAAGCUGUUUGGCUUGGUGCUUUGCUGGAGCUCUGAGCGAUGACUAAAUCCACCCAAAUCUGACUCGUGGUGCUGCAGAGACCUUGCUGGGCUGGAGGAGCACAGGGCCAGGUCAGAGGCAUAAUAAAACAUCUUUUUUUUAUCUUUAGGAACUGCUGACUAACUAACCCUUGGCUAGAUUUAUGUAGAGUGCAUGAUAUCCUGAUGUCCUGUGGUCACUUCUGAAUACGCCUCAUUUGUCUUCUGCUCACCCAGGAAAUCAUGAACCUUGGCUGCUGCCAUGACAGUGAUUUCAGCUCCAAAAUUGUGAAAUCUGGGGCAGGAUCUUGAGAGAUGUAUCUGGCCGUGUCCACACUUGUGGAGCUCGUGGGCAUCGCUCUUUGUGUUUGUCUGUUGCACUUGUGUAGUUGGCCAUGAGCCGAUGUUCCUCACCAAAGCUGAAACGUCCCAGACAGAGAUCUGCUCCACUUGGAGCACAGAUCUGUUUGUAAAGGACUUUGGAACUUGUCUCACCAUGGUUUACUCCAGCUUUACCCUGGAAAGUGGUGGAAGAAGUUGUUGGGUUGUAAGAAGGAAACCAAGCAAAGGGAAUCAUGGGGCCAUUCAGUUUGGAGAAGACCUCCAAGAUCCCUGUCCCACCCCACCGUGCCCACUGCCCACAUCCCUCAGUGCCUCAUCCCCACAGCUCUGGAACACCUCCAGGGAUGGUGACCCCACCACUCCCUGUGCAGCUGUGCCACUGCAGCACCGCUCUUUCAGAGAAGAAAUUGUUCCUAAUAUCUAGCCCUGGAGAUGCACUUAAGGUUGCUUGGACCAGUGUUAUUCCUGGAGGAAAUGUUUCUUCUACAGCAAAACCAGAAAUAAUUUCGUAGCUUAACAGAGCAUGGCAAAAGCAUGAAACAAACCAGUGUAAGUAAUUUUAGUUGGGAGUUGAUAGAUGUGCAAACAAGGGGUACAGGACCAAGCUGUGCCACAGUACUGUUUGGUACCCAAUCCCUCGAGGUGCUCAAGCUCCACCCCAGGGUGUUUGGGGCCAUGGGCACCCCGAGCUGUUGGUACCUAAUGCAGUGGUUGGUAAUCCUAGUUUGGAACUAGAUGAUCUAAGAGGUCCCUUCCAACGCAACCAUUCUUUGAUCUCUGCUCUGCUUUUCACACUGCGCAUUGCCCUUGGCCACGGCCAGGCUGGGGAAGCAGCAGUCAGCUGGUGGCAGCAGAGCUGUGCGGUGUGCAAGCUGCUCGCAGAGCUGGGCUUGUCAGGGUUGGCUCCCUGCAGAGCAUGGGGCUUUGUCACCGCCUGGAAAGGCCCGGGAGAACGGAGCUGCGGUGCUGCCCUCAGGCUGGGGGCUGCUGCAUCUGCCUGGAUCAUCCCUUCCUUCCCUCUCCUCGCUGCCUCUCCCAGUCCCGACAUGUAUUCCUGCCCAUCAGGCCCAGCCCACGUCUGUUGAUUCUGGCUGGAUCUGCAGAAGACGCUUAUUUACAAAUCUCUUCAGAGUUGGCCUCUUUUGGUUCAAACUGAUGCGGGCGUUGCUUGAAGGAAAGCUGAUUUUUGACAGUCAGCGUGAGGAUGGGAACAGAUGGAGGCUUUGAUGAAUUAGGUAUCACUAAAUGUUGUCCUCCUGCAAAUCAGCUUGGUUUUCUCCAUUAGCAUAAGAAGCAGGAAAAAGGAUUUAAUUUCUCCAGACGUUUCCCCUUAACCCACCUCUCCAGCUCGGAGAUGCGUAUUGCAGCGUAGCAGCGAAGCGGCUCAGCUCCUUCCGCAGAGAAGCAGCAGCAGUUCCCAAUCCAUUGCUGGCACUUCUCCCUCCCUGGGGUGGUGCUGUGCUCUCCUCCAUGGGAUGCUAAAACGAGAGCCUUCCCGGGGCUGUGAGUCAUCUGCAGUGUGAGUUACUCGUUCUGCUUUGCCGAGAGCAGGAGGGAUCCGAGCAGGGCCACGCUUACUCACGGCUGCUCCUCCAUCACAGCCAACUCGGGGCAAUGCAGGCAGCACAGAUGCGGAGAGAGCGGCUGCACUGUGAAUUAUUGAUAAGGGGAUAACAGCGCUGGGAGAUAAUCUCUCUGGUGGAGUGCGGAGAGUAAAUCUCUGCUGCACAGGGAGUGAGUGUCCCCGUUAGGAGAGCUUCUCCCAGGCAGGGAAUAGCAGCAGCGGGAGGUUUUGCUUGAGUGCAGAGCACGGAAACAGGCUCCAUGCAGCAUUUCAGGGAAGAAGUUUGGCUCGGAGAGAGACAGUUGUAUCCUCAGACCUUGCUCCUCCUUUGGGAAUGUCAAAAUAUGUAGCUGAGAGCUGCAGGUCUGCCAGGAGAAGGUCACUGAGUCACUGCAAAUGGAGUUGGCGCCCCAUUACCACCAGCUCACCUUUCUCCACGUGGACAGACGGGGGUGACCGCUCUUGCCCAACCCAAAAUGGGUGAGCAGAGAUUCCCGUAUUCAUAGACUCACAGAAUCACAGAAUGGUUUGAGAUGGAAGGAAGCUCUAAAGGGACCAUCUGGUCCCACUCCCAUGGCUCCAUCAGGUGCUCAGCCUGACCUUGGCUGUCUGUGGGGACAGGAGCAUCCUAACCCCAUGGAUGCCGUGCCAGCCUGGCCCCAGGGCUCCCGUCACAAACACACCUGCUGCUCCAGCUGCUGAGUGCCAGGGGCCAUGUCUCAGUUACUCUGCAUGGCACAGGGCAGGAAGCACACAGGCAGGGUAGGGCUGGGUGAAUGCCCUGGUGAAAGCACCAUCUGUGACACACACCCCGCGUGUACCAACGUGAUGCAGUCUGCUGCCCCAGACUUGCUUUGCUGGUUGGCCAUCUGCUUUCUGCAGGAUAGGUUUGCACCAUCUGUAGCCCCAUAAAUUUCACAGAGCAGUGGAUGUCAGUGCUGGAGCUUAAUUUCCCCCCAUAUCAUAGAAUCACAGAAUGGCCUGGGUUGGAAGGGACCUCAAGGAUCACGAAGCUCCAACCCCCCGCCACAGGCAGGGCCACCAACCUCCACAUGGAAUACCAGCCCAGGCUGCCCAGGGC